GGCAGACGGCAGCAGAGACACCGGGGAGACGCUAGAGACACCGGGAGGAGAGCGGGGAGCUGCGGCCCAUCAGCUGUGCGUCUCACUCGGAUGAAGCAUCACCGACACGGCGGCGGACCCGGCUCUGAGCUGGGCACCCGGAGCUAGGCGCAUGUAUUUGUGCCACACGGCUCUACGCGCAACGUCUCCUCCAUAGACUCUUUAUUUGUGUUUGUUUUCUCUUCCAUCAUGGUGCUCGGCAAAGUGAAGGUCUUGGCGAUCUACUUUGACAGCUUGAAUGAGAACAACCUGCCCGCGUUCUCCGGGGGAGACCUGGUGACAGGGAGGGUGGUGGUGGAGGUGACCGGGGAUGUGCGGGUGAAGAGUCUGGACAUAACCGCGAGAGGAGUCGCCAAGGUCCGCUGGACCGAGUCGAGGAACGCCGGAGCCAACACGGCGUACACUCAGAACUACACGGAGGAGGUGGAGUACUUGCACCACUACGACACCUUGAUAGGAGAGGAGAGAGAUGAGGAUUGUCCAGAGGAAGGUCUGACCGUUCUGCACGCCGGCGUUCACGAGUUCGCGUUCAGCUUCAACCUGCCGCAGAUGGCUCUGGCCACGUCCUUCGAAGGGAAGCACGGCAGUGUGAGGUACUGGGUGAAAGCCGAACUGCACCGUCCGUGGCUGCUGCCGGUCAAAGUGAAGAAAGAGUUCAUUGUGUUCGAACACAUCGACAUCAACACGCCGCUGCUGCUGGCUCCUCAGGCGGGAUCGAAGGAGAAGACGCUGUGCUGCUGGUUCUGUGCUUCAGGCCCGAUCUCCCUCAGCGCCAAGAUAGAGCGAAAGGGCUACACACCAGGCGAUUCCAUCCAAAUCUUCGCCGAGGUGGAGAACUGUUCGUCCCGGGUCGUGGUGCCCAAAGCCGCUCUGUACCAGACCCAGACCUUCUUCGCCAAGGGCAAGGGCAAGCAGAUCCAGCAGCUGGUGUCUAACCUGAGAGGAGACCCUCUGCCACAGGGGAAGAGCCAGAGCUGGGAGGGCAAACUGCUGAAGAUCCCCCCGGUGUCGCCCUCCAUCCUGGACUGUCCCAUCAUCAGGGUGGAGUACGCCCUCGUGGUGUAUGUGGAUGUUCCCGGCGGGUUGAAUUUGUCUCUGUCGCUGCCGUUGGUGAUCGGGACCAUACCUCUGCACGCCUGCGCCUCCCGAACCUCCAGCAUCAGCAGCACCUGCAGCACUCUGAGCUGGCUGGGCCUGUCGGAGCGGCCGGAGGCCCCGCCGAGUUACAGCGAUCUGGCAAUAUCAGAGUCUCACAGGCGGGACUGUCUGCACGGCUGUGAGAGGGCUGACGGGGGGGCAGAGGAGCGGGGAUCUCUGCUAACAUACAUCACAGAGUUCAGAUAUCUGCCCCCACCGCUCUACUCUGAGGUGGAUCCGUACCCAGACCCCGUGGAGGUGUGCGGGGCCGAGGAUGUCAGGAGACCCGACAUGUGUCCGUCCCGCUGAGGAGAGCUCGUGAGCUCAGUGGAGCUUCUGCACAACCCUCGGCUGCUGGCACCGCAGCUUCUCACCAGAUUAUGUAUCAUGAUAAAUAAGGCGAGACCUCCCUGACCCGGCAGGCAGCUCGGAGAGUAUUCGGUGACAUAUGGACCAGGGAUUUGGAGCCAUGCUGGAUCCUCUACAUCCUGAGCUCAAGAUGAGGCAAAACAAAAGGUUCUGUGACACGGCUGUCCGGCUCCGACGGGCACAACGAUCACUCAGGUGGACAGACGCCGACCGCUGCCUCACUCACCAUUUUGCACAUACCGUAAUCACUGUUCUUCUACCCGUGGUUUUAUAUUCUGCAGAUCGCCGCGGGCCUGUAAGCUACAGUAGAUUCUGUCCAAACAUUAUUGUACUCUUUAAGCUAAAAGGCACAUUUACGACGGGACGCUAUCGUCACAUAAAGGGUAGUUUGAGCUUCUGCGGCCGGCAGGUGUCGCUGGCACCAGACUUCAGGUGGAAAACGUCUUUCUGUGAUUAAAGAGAGAAAACAAAGCAGACGUGUCAUAACUUCAAGUGUGUGUGUGUGUGUGUGCGUGUGUGUGUGUGUGUAUGAGAGGUGUGUGUGUGUAUGAGAGGUGUGUGUGUGUAUGAGAGGUGUGUGUGUGUGUGUGUGUCGGUUUCAAUGACCAGGUACAAAUCCACACAGGGUCAAGAGGAAAAGCACAACUCAGACCAACCAAGAUAAAGUACCACAAGUCGCCUGUCGGUUUCUGUUUCAAGCUUCUCUUGCUGUAGAUUCUUUCUUCACACACGAUGUCGAGGAGCGUUGCGCUCGCUUAAACAACGCAUUAAAAGAUAAAAAUGUUUACAGAUAAAUAUAUCAAAUUAAGAAUGUUCAAACAUCUUCCACCUAAACCUUCAAAGUGCAAUAUAUUUUUGUAUUUGUGAUUUGUUUGCACUAGUUUUUCACUCUGUUGCUGUUGAUUCCAUUUCUGUGCAUUAUAUAUUAUUGUCAUGAUCGUAUUGCUCUUAUGAUCAACUUUUGAUAAAAUAAAAAGUUUAUUUUAUAAAAUAA